AUGAAGAAUACUUUACCUGGUCGUGUAUCUGGUAAUGAAGCAUGUCGUACAUAUUUAGGAAAUAGAUGUAAUCCUGUGAAUGGUUCAAACUAUUAUACAUGUACCUGUAUUGGUGAUUAUAAAUAUUCACCAGAAUAUCCAUUUUAUAACUGUUAUGGACGUAAGAGUAUUUGUGAUAAUGUAAUCUGUCGAAAUAGAGGAACGUGUAUUUCAAGCCAAGAUGGUUAUAAUUUUAUUUGUCAAUGUCAAUACGGUUGGGGUGGUAGGUACUGUGAAGAACCGGAUAUUCGGCAAUGGCUUCCAUGGGAAUCAUGGACAACAUGUUCAGCUCCUUUAUGCGGUGGUCAAGGCUGGACAAGUCGUAAACGAAGGUGUCGUGUGCCAGUUAAUGAAACUACUGGUUUAGGCAAGUGUGCAGGCAAUACACUUGAACUUCGUCCAUGUAAAACUGGAUGUCCUGAUUCUACAGAGAAGUACAUUCCAAUGAUAAAAAUGUUUCUAUUAUUUGCAGCUUGUCUUAUUGGCUUACAGUUGUUAGUUGGAUUUAUUUUUAUUUUACACUGGUCAGAACUUGUUUAG